AUGGGGCUCUUGCUGGGCCUGUUGUUCCUGGGCCACCUAAUGAUGGUCACCUAUGGCUAUCCCAUCCUUGAAGCUCCUGAGAGUGUGACAGGGCCUUGGAAAGGGGAUGUGAAUAUUCCUUGCACCUUUGCUCCUCUGAAAGGCUACACCCAAGUCUUGGUAAAGUGGCUGGUACGACGUGACUCAGACCCAAUCACCAUCUUCCUACGUGACUUCUCUGGAGAUCAUAUCCAGCAAGCAAAGUACCGGGGCCGCUUGCACAUUAACCGUGAGGUUCUAGGAGAUGUGUCCCUCCAACUGAAGACCCUGGAGAUGGAUGACCGGAGCCACUACACUUGUGAAGUCACUUGGCAGACUCCUAAUGGCAACCAAGUGGUGAGAGAUAAGAUCAUUGAGCUUCGCGUCCAGAAACUCCCUGUUUCCAAGCCCACAGUGACAACUGCCAAUGGCUAUGGCUUCACAGUGCCCCAGGGAACGAGGAUUAGCCUUCAAUGCCAGGCUCAGGGUUCUCCUCCCAUCAGUUAUGUUUGGUACAAGGAACAGACAAACAACUCAGAACCUAUCAUAGUAACAACCUUGAGUACCUUACUUUUCAAGCCUGCAGUGUUGGAUAAUUCAGGUUCCUAUUUCUGUACUGCUAAGGGCCGAGUAGGCUCUGAGCAACGCAGCAACAUUGUGAAGUUUGUGGUCAAAGACUCCUCAAAGCCACACAAAACCAUGACUGAGGCACCUACAACCAUGCAAUUUUCUUCAGAAAUAAUUCCCACAGUGAACUCAUCCUGGAGCUGGACCACUGAAGUGCAUCACCACCUUGGGGAGAGCAAUACUGGACCAGGAGAGGGCCUGCCUAUCUUUGCCAUAAUUCUCAUUAUUGUCCUGUGCUGUAUAGUUGUCUUCAUCUUGACUUAUAUUAUGAUCUUCCGGAAGACAUCCCAGCAAGAGCACGUCUAUGAAGUGUCCAGGGUGCGUGCCAGGGAGACCAGCAACUCUGGCGAAACCAUGAGGUUGGCCAUCUGCGAAAGUGGCGGCUCCAGCGAAGAGCCAGCUACCCGGACUCCAGGCAAUGACUACUCCGGUGAACCUUGUCUGGACCAGGAGUACCAGAUCAUCGCCGAGAUAAAUGAUGACUACACUCAUCUGCUGCACACAGUUCCCCGGGAUUAUGAGCUCCUGACUAUCAAGGGCAAGAGUGUCUGCUAA